ACAAAUGGACCUUCCUAUCUUCUAUCUUCAUUCAAGCCACCAAAAACCGGUCUCUCUCUCUUUCAUGGAUUCUACGUCUCUCUUCACCUCAUUAACUCCCUCCCUUGCAGGGAAAACCAGUAAAGCGCGCCGAAAUGUGGAAUUGCGGUCAAAAUUUACGGCCCAAAUCUCGCCGGAAUCUGACCAUCCCCCCAUUUCUCAGCUACUUUCUGGAAAAAUCCGGCGACCUGGUGCCCCAAUUCCGAAACUCGCCUCCAACCCUCAAUCUCUUCUCGCAUCUCCAAACCCCAGCCCUAACUCUACACCUAAACCUAAAACUAAACUUAAUCCUCUGCGUAAUUUUGCAAACCCUAGCUCCAUUUCCAGCUCUUCAGACAAGCUCAGUAACAAGCUCUGGCUUAGUAGCAAGCUCAAGUAUCAGGAACCAGAGAUAGAAGAACAAGAGAAAGGGAUAGAACAAGAUGCAGAGGAAACUAUAAGAGAAGAAAACAGGGAGAAAGAAGGAGAAUCGAUGGUGAUUGAGCCUUCGUUUAGAGAAGAGGGCAAAAUUUUUGUGGGUAAUUUACCUCUCUGGAUAAAGAAGAACGAAAUUGCAGAGUUUUUCAGGCAAUUUGGGCCCGUGAAGAAUGUGAUUUUGAUAAAGGGGCAUGAAGAUUCAGAGAGGAAUAUGGGUUAUUGCUUUGUUAUCUAUGGAGGACCCACUGCUUCCAAUGCAGCAACAAAAGCUGUGGAAUUUGAUGGAGUUGAGUUUCAUGGCAGGGUUUUGACGGUGAGAUUAGAUGAUGGGAGGAGAAAUAAGGCCAAAAGUGAUGAAAGGCUGAGAUGGGUUUUGGGUUCUGAUGGUAAAGAGUACAGAUCGAAGUGGCACGAAGAGAGAGAAAUGCUUUUGAAGGAUUUUAGAAGGAUUCUUGAUACGGAGCCUGAGAAUUGGCAAGCAGUUGUCUCAUCCUUUCAAAGGAUAAAAAAGCCUUCUAGAAGAGAGUUUGGCUUAAUGGUUAACUAUUAUGCGAAGAGGGGUGACAAACAUCAUGCUCGUGCAACCUUUGAGAGCAUGAGAGCUAGAGGAAUAGAGCCAAGCUCAUAUGUUUAUACCAACCUUGUUCAUGCUUAUGCAGUUGCUAAAGAUAUGCGAGGAGCCAUUUUUUGUGUUGAGGAAAUGAAAGCAGAAGGCCUUGAAAUGAGUUUGGCAACGUACAGUAUUCUCAUUGCAGGCUUUGCCAGUAUUGGCAAUGCUGAUGAUGCAGAAAAAUGGUUCGAAGAGGCAAAGAGAACACAUACAUCCUUGAAUGCUAUUGUCUAUUGUAAUAUCAUCUAUGCUCACUGCCAAUCUGGUAAUAUGGGGAGAGCAGAAGACAUGGUAAAGGAAAUGGAAGAAGAAGGCAUUGAUGCACCAAUUGAUGUAUAUCACUCUAUGAUGGAUGGAUAUACUAAUGUUCGGGAUGAGGCAAAGUGUUUAAUUGUCUUUCAAAGGCUUAAGGAGUGUGGGUUUUCACCAUCAAUUAUCAGCUAUGGCUGUCUUAUUAAUCUGUACACAAAGUUGGGCAAGGUUUCUAAAGCACUGGAAGUGAGCAAAACCAUGGAAUCUUCUGGUAUAGUGCAUAACAGCAAAACAUAUUCAAUGUUGAUAAGUGGCUUUGUACAGCUAAAUGAUUGUGCAAGUGCCUUCGCCAUAUUUGAAGACAUGAUAAAAGCGGGCUUGAAGCCUGAUGUGAUCCUAUACAAUAUUAUUGUUAACGCAUUUUGUAAGAUGGGUAACAUGGAUAGGGCAAUUCGUAUCAUUGAGGAAAUGAAAAAGGCGAGGCACAGACCUUCAUCUCGAACAUUUACACCAAUAAUAUAUGGAUUUGCAAAAGUUGGAGAUAUGAAAAGAGCAAUAGAGACUGUUGAUAUGAUGAGGCAUUGUGGAUGCAUUCCAACUGUCGAGACUUUUAAUGUACUUAUCCUUGGCUUGGUUCAAAAGAAGCAGAUGGAGAAGGCUGUCGCAAUGAUAGAUGAGAUGUCUCUGGCUGGGCUGACUCCUAAUGAGCAUACUUACACAACGAUCAUGCAAGGUUAUGCAUCCCUUGGUGAAACUCGUAAAGCCUUUGAGUAUUUUACAAAAAUCAAAGAGGAGGGAUUGAAACUCGAUGUCUUUUCAUAUGAGGCAUUACUUAAGGCAUGUUGCAAGUCAGGCCGUAUGCAGAGUGCCCUAGCAGUCACAAAGGAAAUGAGUGCCCAAAAGAUUCCAAGGAACACAUUUGUCUACAAUAUAUUGAUCGAUGGAUGGGCUCGGAGAGGUGAUGUGUGGGAAGCUGCGGAUUUGAUACAACAAAUGAAGCAAGAAGGGGUUAAUCCCGAUAUUCAUACAUACACAUCAUUUGUGCAUGCUUGUAGCAAGGCUGGAGAUAUGCAGAGAGCAGUGCAAACAGUUAAAGAAAUGGAGGCAGUAGGAGUGAAGCCCAAUAUCAAAACUUACACUACAUUGAUAAAUGGGUGGGCUCGAGCUGCACUUCCCGAGAAGGCUUUGAGGUGUUUUGAAGAGAUGAAAGCAGCAGGGUUAAAGCCAGACAAAGCUGUGUACCAUUGCCUUAUGACUUCAUUGCUUUCUAGGGCUACUGUUUUAGAAGAUUACCUCUUCACAGGCAUCUUGCAAAUAUCGAAGGAAAUGGUUGAACUUGGCCUAACGGUUGAUAUGGGCACCGCAGUUCACUGGUCUAGGUGUUUACGCAAGGUUGAGAGAAGUGGUGGAGAACUUACUGAGGCAAUUCAAAAGACUUUCCCUCCUGCUUGGAUCUCCCAAGAAAUUCAUCAAGCAAGGUCGAAUGAGGCUAAUCAAUACAAUUCUGAAAGUGAUAUUGAUCAUGAUGAUGGUCUUGAUAAUGGCGGUAGUGGUGGUGAAGAUGAUGAUGAUCAUGAGGCAUGGUUCAGCAUGAGGCAAUAAGCCUGACGUGCAUCAACAGAUGCUACUCUGGAGACUGAGCUCAUAGGCAAUUUUUUCGGGCUUUUCAGUUUCAUUUUGGAUGGCAUUUUUGUCUGUUGCUUUGAGGUUGAUGAGAUGACAAUGCAAUGACGAUGAUGAUGGUUGCUAGACAUGGUCAAGUUCUAAGUGUAGGACUCUGUGACUUGAUGGGUGUUAUUCUAUAGGACCUUGUAGAUUUUUAAAGUUUCCAGGCACAAUUCUUUUGUUGUUUUGUCGGGUGACUUGAUUAAAGGCUUGGAUUUUGAUCGAGGCAAUAAGCCUGACAUGCAUCUACAGACUACUCUGGAGACUGAGUUCAUAGGCAAAAUUUUCAGGCAUUCAGCUUCGUUUUGGAUAGCAUUCAGCUUUGAGGUUGAUGAUGAGAUGACAGUGCAAUGACGAUGAUGAUGGUUGCUAGAUAUGGUUAAGUUCGAAGUGUAGGGCUCUGUGGUUUGAUGGAUGCUAUUCCAUAGGACCUUGUAGAUUUCUGAAGUUUCCAGGCACAAUACUUUUGUUGUUUUGUCAGGGGAAUUGAUUUAAUUCUUGGGUUUUGAUUUCUGGGGAUUUAGGCGUGUUGAUGGCGAUGGUAUUGAUGGUAAUCGGACAUGGUUCAAAUGGGCAUUGAUCACGGUGUAUUUUAGGUGGUGGUUAUAGAGAGCCUAAGUACAGUAAUUUUAGAUAUCCAGAUUCUGCGAUUGGUUCUGUAACAUUCUUCUAUUUCUUUAUAUGUAGAUCUAAUAAAAUUUAGAGAUUUGGGCUUUGGAGUUGAGAUUAUUAUCUCAACCAUUCUGUUACUAGGUUGUUAGUAAUGGUGUAACCAAGAAAGUGGAUCUUGAGCGGCAUACAGGUGAGUAUAGUAGUAAGCUAAACUGAGCCCCUGAUAAAAUUGCAAAUAUCUUAUACGAUUACGGUUCUCUUGAAUGGGCAUCGCAUGAUCUGAAUGGAGUUUAAGAUCUGCAUAAGAUACUCUUGCAUUCUUUGUAACAGACUAAUAUUCUCAAGAAUGUCAGUAAACAAAAGCAAUAAUAAGCGGUUUU